GCCGCGACCAUGCGGGCAGUUGUUUACCAUGGCACGCCUUUCGAAAUGAUGGUACAAGAUGUCGCCAAGCCAGCCAUCCUGAACGAGACGGAUGUCGUUGUGCGGGCCGUCGGCUACAUCUCGGAGAUUGGCGACGCCGUGUCCUCCUUCGCCGUUGGGGACUAUGUCAUCAUUCCCGACACCGUGUCUGAGGAUCAUAUGGAGAUGGAGCCGAGGUCGAAGGAAUACUUCGGCUUCGGGAAUAGUGAGAUGGGUCUAGGCGGUCUGCAAGCUGAAUACGCGAGGCGCGACUACCUGACCGUUUCGGACAUCUUCGCUACGGGAUGGGCCGGCAUCGACUACACCGGAUUCGAACUCGGCGAUUCCGUCGCCGUCUUCGGGGCGGGUCCCGUUGGGCUGCUUUCUGCCUACUCGGCCAUUUUACGUGGAGCGUCCAAGGUCUACGUCGUCGACCAUGUGAAGGAGCGCCUGGAUCUCGCCGCUUCCAUCGGCGGCAUCCCGAUCAACUUUGCUGACGACGACCCCGUCGCCCAGAUUCUGGCUAGCGAGCCGAACGGGGUCAUGCGCGCCGUAGACUGUGUUGGCAUGGAGGCGUUGAACUCGAGCCUUGAGAUGGACGAGAGCAUUAUCACACAACAGAUGGUUGACGUGACGCAUUUCAAAGGAGGCAUAGGCCAACUGGGCGUGUAUAGUUCACAGGACGAUUCGCCUGGCGCACC